AUGGUAUGCUGUAUUUUUGAGCAAAAACAGCUUCAUUUCAAGUUGUUCUGCGAUUACUUCGACAUUUGCCAUGUGACUACACGUGCGACAGUACAAGGUAAUAUCGAUGUGAUGGAGAUGGGGGGUCGGGGUGGAGAUGAGCGAGGUCAGAACAGACUUUUUAUAGCAUUCAAUGAGCUAAAAAACACUACGUACUCAGUAAAAGUCUCUGGAUGUAAAGAAAACAUCCCGACAUUCCAGUGUGCGGAAAACAUUCUGAGCUGCUUACUUCCACAAUGUGAAGCCGGGCGCAAGAGUGUGCAGUUGUAUGACGAAAAGGGUUCUAAAGAGCCGCUGUUGACUUCAAGUAUUCUGAUAGUCACAGCAGAAUCCUUAGUCUUGGACAUAUUCGAGUAUUACAAGUCUUGUAAAUCUCCAGGCAUAAAUUAUAGAGCUUUUACCGAAUCUAAGAAUAUUUUCAAAGAUCUACAUGGAAUUUACCAAGAGACCCUUUCGAAUCUACUGAGAGAUACACUGAAUGUUUCAACGACUGAAGACGAGCGACCUCCUUUACCAGAGAGAAAACAUCGAAUUCAGUUACGACCAACAGCUAACCAAAUAUCCUAUUCAAGAAGGCGAGCUGAAAUAGGACAAUAUGUUGAUUAUCGAGGAGUUCCACAAAUAAGAAUCAGAAAUCAACGAAGUAAUCACCAAAAACUCAUCAACAGACAAAAGAUAAGCUCGUAUCUAGAUAAUAUAGUGCCACCAAUUUUACCGAAGAGAAUAAAUGAAAGACCAUAAAAGUUACGACAGCACUUUUUCCGUUACACCUGCUUACCUUGCAAAAGCAACGAAAGCAAAAGAAGAAACAAAAUAAAUUAUACGCAAUAAACAUAUGCAUGUAGCAAUGUUGAUAGGUUUAAUAUUCAACGAAUAUUACAAAAAGAAACUAUUUAUACAGACAUCAUAUACACUUGAUAUACGCUAUACAUAUACGUUUUAUAUUUAUUUAUACAUUUAAUUGUUAAAUAUUAUAACAAAAGUCCAUGCUAGAAAAUUUUUUUUAAAUAAAAUAAUCAUAUAUUUUCAUAUAAAUCAGAA